CGAAACCACAAAUUUCCGCGCGAACCGCAUGCGCUUCCGCGGCCGGAUUCGAAAUUUCAAGCCUAAAAUCCCCGAGACGCCAUCGCGUUCCCUCUCCAUCCCGGCAAUCUUCCUCCCACCGCCCCCUCCUCAAAUUCGUUUCCCCAAAUCCCCGCGCUUGUCUCGAUUCCAAUCCCGGAAAUUUUCGCCUCCGCCGGGAUCAUUUAAGCGCUUCUUCCCUCCUCGGUCAAAUCACUCCGCGCCACCCCGCGAAAUCACGAAGCCAAUCUCAGACCAGUCCAAUCUCGCCGCCCCGUCCAUGGAGAUCGCCGGGGACGCCGUGGCGAGCGGUGGCCGCAGCAUCCGCGACCUGCCGCCGCUGAAGCGGUUCAAGUUCGUCGGCUCCAACCCCGGGUCGGCGCCGUGCCUGCCGCUGCCGGCCAAGAAGCGCGGGCUCCCGCCGCUGCCGGAGGCGGCGCCUGCCCCUGCCUGCCUUCCGGCGAAGAAGCGCGCGUAUGCGCCACCGCUGGAUGCCGUCUCACCGGCGUGUCUUCCGGCCAAGAAGCGGGUCCACGUGCGCCCCCCGCCGCCGGAGGGUAACGCUCCUCCUCCCUCCGUCUCGUCCAAGAAGCCUCCCCUCGUUCCGGUGAAGAAGCUCGUCGAGGUGCCGCCGCUCCAUGAGCGCGUCGUCAACGCCAUUCCAUCCGUUCCGGCCAAGAAGCGCGUCCAGGCGCCGUCGCCCCCGAAGUACGCUGCUGCUCCUUCCCCCGUCUCGGUGAAGAACCAAGUCCAGAUGCCGCCGCGCCCGGGAAGCGUCGUCGCCGCCACCCCAGCCGUCCCGGCGAAGAAGCGCGUCCAGGCCCCGUCGCCCCUGGAGCACGCCGCUCCUGCCCCCGCCGUCCCGGCCAAGAAGCGCGUCCAUGCGCCGUCGCCCCUGGGAUACGCUGCUGCUCCCGUCGCCGUCCCGGCCAAGCAGCGCGUCCUGGUGCCGUCGUGCCCGGAGGGCGUCGCCGCCGCCCCCUCCGUCCAGGCCAACAAGCGUGUUCCGUGGCAGUCGCCCCCGGAGGACGCUUCUGCUCUGGCCCCGGUUUGCCUCCCGGCCAAUAAGCGCGUGAUGUCGCAGUUCAUCCCGCCCUCUUCAUCUCCAUCGAUGAAGUCAGAUGGGGCUCGCGUCGGUGCCGUCAAAGAAGUCUGUCCUCAAGGCUUCGUUGAAAGCGGCGCCGCCACCUAUCCUAAGGUGGCGAAUGGUGCUGAAGCGUCCAAGAUGAUCAACAAGCCCGACGAAGUCAAGGAUCAGGUGUUCCAGAAAUCCCGCAGAACCAACACUGCAAAGAGAGCUAGUGAUCUGCACUGCAAGAAGCUCUCCGAUGUCAUCAGUGGCAUGCAAUCUGAAGUUCAGGCCGAAGAGCUCAAGAAAUUUGAGCAAGCGAGUGAUCUGCACUGCAAGAAGCUCUCUGAAGUCGUCGCUAGCAUGCAAUCUGAAGUUCAUGCCGAAGAGCCCAAGAAAUUCGAGCAAACUAGUGAUCUGCACUGCAAGAAGCUCCCCGAUGCCGUCACUGGCACACAAUCUGAAGUUCAGGCCGAAGACCUCAAGAAAUUCGAGCAAACGCUUUCUGAUGUCGUCGGUAGCAUGCAAUCUGAAGUUCAAGCCGAAGACCUCAAGAAAUUCGAGCAAACUAGUGAUCUGCAUUGCAAGAAGCCAUCCGAUGCCGUCAAUGACACACAGUCUGAAGUUCAAGCCGAAGCGCUCAAGAAAUUCGAGCAAACGAGUGAUCUGCACUGCAAGAAGCUGUCCAAUGUCGAAAACGGCGAACAGUCUGAAGCUCAAGCCGAAGUGCUCGAGAAGUUCGAGCAGACGACUUAUCUGCACUGCAAGAAGCCCCCCAAUGUAGUCGAUGACGAACAAUGUCAAGUUCAAGCCGAAGCGCUCAAGAAAUUCGACCGCGCGAUUGAUCCUGAAAUGGCAGCGCCGGCAAGCGAAAAGGAGCACAUGAAGGAGGACGAAGAAGUGGCGACCGAGCGAAAGCAAGAUGCUCUCGCGGAAGAAGAGGAGGACGGCAUCCUCUGCGCGGUGUGCCGGAGCACCGACGGCGACCCGUCGGACCCCAUCGUGUUCUGCGACGGGUGCGACCUCAUGGUGCACGCCACGUGCUACGGCAACCCGCUGGCCCAGUCCAUCCCGGACGGCGACUGGUUCUGCUCGCUCUGCUCCGCCGGCGCCGCGGGGAAGAAGGGCAAGCCGGCACGCCCGCCCUGCCGCCUCUGCCCGGCGAGGGGAGGCGCCAUGAAGCGCACCACGGACGGCGCCUGGGCGCACAUCGCGUGCGCGCUGCUGGUGCCGGAGGUGUUCUUCCGGGACCCGGACGGGCGCGAGGCCAUCGACUGCUCCCUCGUGCCCGGCCGGCGGUUCACCAGGCGCUGCUACAUCUGCGAGAGCAGCAGGGGCUGCGCGCUCGAGUGCUCCCAGCCCAGGUGCGACCUCGGGUUCCACGUCUCCUGCGGCCUCAACGGCGGCCUCUGCAUCGAGUACCGCGAGGAGAAGGGCGGCGGCGUCGUCGCCGGCUUCUGCAGGGAGCACACCAAGCUCUGGGAGAAGCAACAACUUACUGGCAAGUACAAGAUUGUUUCUCGAGGGCAGCAAUGACGUGGAGAUGGAAGAGAAGAAUCUGGCGAUCAAUUGUGCUAUGGAGUGGUGAAGAAUUGCAUCUUAUAACUGUCUAGGAUUGUGUCAUUGUUCUACAGUACUAGUAUUUUUGGUGUGCCUUCUACAAUCUUCAGAUAUGGUAGAAGAUUAGAAGUGUGUCAUGGCAUGUACUGUAGUUACUUUGGAGUUUCAUUUCCAUAGUUUUAUGGUGUAGUCUGUAGAAAGCAUGUAGUAGUACUAGCAGUUAAGCUUCAGCUCACUUCUGUUGUUAGUAAGUUGGGUUGUUCCUACCUCUUGAUUAUUUUCAAUAAGCAGAGUUUGAAGUCUAUAGGUUGGAUUA